UCGACUUUGGAUUGUGGAUUACGCCUUAUAUUAUGGGGAAAAAGCCUUGUGGCCUAUGGGACACCCUGGACGUCCAGACAACAACCGCUUGGACCCUUGAGCCCUGUGGCCCCUCGGCCCCUCAGCCCCUCGGCCCUCCAGGCGCUAAGCUGCAUAAUGGCUUUGCGCCCAGGGACUUGAGGGCCUAGGGGCCAUACGGCUGCGGACUUAAGUCAGGCUGUAGCCGCGGUGGUUGAUAUAGACUGGCUGGACUAUCACUGCGUGAUGACGUUUUCGACCUCUCCUUGGGAAUCUCGUCCAACUCGUCCAAUUUCAUCCAAAGACUCUGCGUCUCGUUUCCCAACAGAUCACAUUUGCGACUUAUCAACCAGAGGGAAUGUCGGACUUUGCAUCAUUGACACAUAAGUUCCGGGCCAACCUAGACAGCGCUGCGACCACCCACAAGGUCAAUAAACGAAACCGACAGCCACUUUCAUGCGUGCCUUGCAGGGCAAAGAAACUCAAGUGUGACCGAGGACAUCCCUGUGAAACAUGUGUCAAAAAAGGCGAUGCUGCCCAUUGCACCUACGGGCGAGCCGCUGCUCCUGGGCCUCGACAUGAUCUCAUGGAUGCCAGUUCAAACAAUAAAAUUCAGGAGCGCCUUCGCCAUCUGGAGGAAUUGGUUUUGCAGAUGGUCGAGAAAACCCCCGAGGAAUCCAUCGAUGGCCCGAGCACAGCUUCAGAGACUUCUCGAGAGAGCACAGUCGGGUCCGACGACACAGGCUCUGGCCAGAACGGUCACUUGGAGUAUGGAUCUUCCGAGGCUAGGUACAUGGGCUCAACGCACUGGUCUGCCAUCCUCGAAAACAUCCAAGAAAUGAAGACCUCUCUGGGGACGGAGCCGAAUUCGAACAAUGGCCUCGAGGAGUUGCAAGAUCGUGAUGCCGAAGGAUCCGAGUCACUGUUCGGCAGAGUCGGCUCACUGUCUCUGGACCAAAUCAUAUCGCAGUCGCUGCCACCUCGAGAUCAAGUGGAUGGACUGCUACUCUUCUACUUUGAGAGUCGAUAUCUCGUCCAAUUCUACAUCCACUAUCCUGAAUUCCAGCGUGCGUACGAAGAAUUCUGGCGAGAUCCAUCCAGUGCAGAUCCCCUAUGGGUAUCCCAACUAUUCUCGAUAUGCUGCAUGGCGGCCACAUUGCGCGAAGUGGUGAACUCGGAGCCUCCGCCCGUGGAUGGUCAACUCCGACCUCGAGUCCUAUACGAGAACGCAGCAUGCCAGUGCUUAAGGCUGGGUGGCUUCGUCAAACCUAAGAAAUAUGCGGUCGAGGCUAUGAUGCUCUUCUGCUGGUGCCGGUAUCUAUCGACGAUGGAUCCAUUGCAGGAGGUAGGGACCCUUUUCGCCAUUAUCAUCCGUUUAGCUUACCGCAGUGGCUAUCACCGGGACUCGUCGCAUUUUCCCCACAUCAGCGUCUUUGAAGGGGAGAUGCGUCGACGAACUUGGGCCGCGUGCCGCCAAUUUGACUUGAUGUUGUCCUUUCAAAUGGGACUUCCAACGUAUAUAGCGGUGGAUAGUUGCGACACACAAAGCCCCCGAAAUCUCCUCGAGUCGGAUCUGAAUCGAGAUACGAAAGAGCUACCUCCCUCACGACCAGAGACCGAAAGGACAGCAGGUUUGUAUUUUGUCGUCAAGACUAGACUCGUCUUGGCUUUUGCCAAAUCCUGCGCCCAUGCACUCUCCUUUGCCAAUCGUUCUCGAGACGAAGUCAUGGACCUGGACGCCAACAUUCGACGAACUUACGACACAGUCCCGGAGAUGUUGCAGGUCAGAUCCAUCAAGGACUCACGAUGCGACCCUAGUUACCUCAUCAUGUCUCGUCUUAACUGCCAGUUCUUAUUCCAAAAGUCCCUUCUUGUGCUUCAUCGAAAAUACAUGACACAAGGCAAUUACCCGGAAUCUACCAAGGCUUGUGUCGAGGCAGCAACCACGAUUGUCAACUAUAUGAUUGAACUUCGUCAAGAAUUCCAACCUGGCGGUAACCUCGAAGGAGAUGGAUGGAUGGUGACGAGUUUUGUCCUCAACGAUUUCCACCUCGCCACCAUGGUCUUGUUUCUUUCCAUAUCCAUGUGGAAGAAAGCCAAUCCCCACAGACACGUAUCGCAAGAUCCCGAAACCAGUGCUCGAAUUCAACUCGUCAUUUCAGCCUUUGAAGUCUGUCAGGAGUUUGCGCCCAUCUGUAUUGAGGCGAAGCGUGUCACUGAAGCACUGGCCGUGGCACUGGGUCGACCCAUCGACCGAGAAUAUCUAGCCAGUGGAUGGCGUCCAAGCAGAUUGGGUUAUCCUGCCGCGAAAUCGCGGCGAAUUCCAGCUUCGAAAGAUCCUGAUGUCUCUCCUAAUGGAAAUCCAAUAUUCCGUCCUCCUGGUUCUGAGUUGAACCUCGAACCCUUGUCACUCACAUCACAACCACAACCACAGCCCAGUCUCCAUCAGACCAAUAACAACACUGGCCCCGGACCAGUACCAGCACCAGCACCAGCAACUUCUUCCAUGUCCAUGAUUCCAAACCACGAAGCCAACUACGGUCGUACACAUCAAGGCAAUUCAAUAGCAGGGCCCUUGUCGAGUAACAUGCUCGCCAUGCAGACAGGUAAUCAAUACGCUCCUCCUCCUCCUCCUUCAGCUCCACCACCGCCACCACCACCACCACCACAACAACAAUACGAAAUGAUACAGAAUCUUUCUCUGCCUACAUUCGAAACAUUCGCCGGCUUCAACCUUGACUGGCCUGCCGAUGGCGGCAACAAUAACAACAACAAUAUCAACCCAGGAUUCAUAGCCCCACCCGAUCUCAACCCAACAACCCACCAACAAAGUGACAACAAUCAUAUAGUCGACCCCAAUAACAAUAACUGGACAUCACUCGGCGCUGACAUGACAUGGGAAUAUCUCGAUCAGUGGUUAACAUUCGCUGAACUGGAUAGAGGGCCUGCACAUAUGUCGGGGAAUGAUGAUGGGUAUCACCAGCAGCAGCAUCAUCAGCACCAGCAGCAGCAGUCUACGGAUUAUCAUGACCCGAAUUCAAUGCUUGUCAAUGCAAAUACGAGUCAGAAACAAAAUCAUGGAAAUGGAGGAGGUUUUGCUGCUGCAGCUGCUGCUCCCGCAGCUGGAAAUGAUUGGACGACUAAUCCUUUCGCAUAUCCGGCGUUUGAUAGGGCGGAUCCCCGGGUACGACAGAUGGGAAUGCAAGGGAGGCAAUAGGAUCCUAUGACAGAU